AUGUCAAAUCGCAGGGAUGUUGGCAAAAUAGCAGUUGAUCUUAUGGCUUUCGCUGCUGGACAAGCUGUAAUAUUCUAUACGCUUAGAUACCUUCUUAACUCAAACGAUCCACUCAAAUCUAAGCGUCAAGGCACCAAGAGUAAAUCAACUCAGAUUCUUGAAAGAUUAGGCAGAAAUAACGUUACUCUGAAUGAAUAUGAAGAGGUCAUCGCAUGCGAGAUCGUACUCCCAGAAGAGAUCAGCACCACAUUCGACGAUAUUGGUGGAUUACAGCAUAUCGUUUCAAACCUCAAAGAAAACGUCAUCUACCCACUCAAAUUACCUGGCUUAUUCACCGGUGGCUCUAAGAAUCUAUUAAGUCCUCCAAGAGGCGUUCUUCUUUAUGGUCCUCCUGGUUGCGGUAAGACUAUGCUGGCAAAAGCUCUUGCUAGAGAGUCGAACGCUACCUUUAUCAAUAUGCACGUUUCCACUCUGACUGAUAAAUGGUUCGGAGAAUCUAACAAACUUGUCGCUGCUUUGUUCUCUCUCGCAAAGAAAUGUCAACCUUCAAUCAUUUUCAUCGAUGAGAUAGACAGUUUCCUCCGUGAACGCGGUAAAGGCGAUCAUGAGGUUACAAACAUGAUGAAAGCUGAGUUCAUGACCUUCUGGGAUGGGCUUUCUAGUGAAGCAAAUGAUAGAAUACUCGUUCUUGGCGCUACCAACCGCCCAAAUGACAUUGAUCAAGCGAUUCUCAGGCGUAUGCCUAAACGCUACCCUGUCAAAGUUCCAAAUAAUGAUCAGAGAAAGAACAUAUUAAGUUUGAUCCUCAAAGACUGCGCAAUCAGCUCAAACUUUGACAUCAAUCAGCUAGUAGAUAUUACUACUGGACUGACAGGCUCAGAUUUACAUGAGCUAUGCAGAAACGCAGCCAUGAUACCAAUGAGAGAGUUGAUGAGAAAGCAUGAUCCUAGCACACUAGAACAGGACAUUGAAAACAUUAAACCAAGACAAUUAAAUAUUGCAGAUUUCACUACAGCAUCAAUGGAGAACGAAGACGACAUGCCAGUGUACGAUCCAAGUAUAGACGGCAGGAUAAGACAGAUUAGUGAUUCUUUAGGAGGCUUAGAUUAA